AUGCCGUCGAUGAAAUCCCGCCGCGGCGGCGGUAGUGAUCGCGGGGGCAUUCGCAAGCGGGGUCCCACUCGCACCGAUCGAGAUGGUGAUAUGGACAUGGAUGCAGGGGGAUCUCGGGGCAAAGGAUCGCGUCCUGAAGCGAGCCGCUCCGGCGCAGGUGGAGGUCGUCCUGCAGCUCCACGCACUGGAACUACUGCAGGUGGACGAGGCUCCAGUCGACCUGGCCGAGGUGGCCGAGUUCAGGCGCGCGACAAGAACAUGGAUGCGAUUCAGCGUGCAAUCGCCAGUACCGAAUCACAAGCCACUAUCCGACAGAAUCGCCAAAAUGACAGGAACGCCCGCAAGCGCGAAUCGGUUCCCUUCAGUGUCCGUGGAUGGAAACAAAGCAAGGUUGCCUCCGACAAGGACGGUGGCGUUGAGGCCGUUGUCGCAUUUAUUGAACGACGUCUCAACUCCCUCACCAAGACUGGUCCCCGCGUAAGAAUUACAAAGUCGCGCGUGGAAGGCGACACUGUUGUGGCAUUUGUUCAUCCUGAUCUCGUCGACAUAAUGCUCCGAAUCAACAACAACUCCUUCGCUGGAAUUAAUAUCAGCGUUGAACCAUACGAUCCCAGCAAUUUGGCCGAGCAUGAAAUCGCUGCUGUGCAAAGUGGUCCUGGCUCGACUGCCGACACGAAGGCCAAGAUGACUACUAUCCUGGGCAAGCGAUUCUACCCCGAUACCAAGCUUCUUGACAUGUCGAAACUGGCCAGUGAUCCCGAUCUGCAGGCCAUGGGAAUCUUCAAUACGACUUCCACUGAGUCCAAAUUCUUCCCUGCUCUCAUGAAGGUGUGGGACAUGGGAUUCAAGACCGCUUCCGAGAGGCGAGCUGCAGUUGAAAGCGCCAGUCUUGCAGACAACCAGCUGAACAAUAUCUCUGUUGUUACAACCCUCGCGCAAGCCGUUCCCGACAUCAAAAACCUCGAUCUUUCCAACAACAACUUCAAAGAUGCCCAAUCGAUUAUUGGUUGGCGGUGGAAAUUCCGCAGUCUCGAAUUCCUGGACUUGACCGGCAGUCCUUUUUGCACCGAUCCCACAUUCAAGGAUACUAUGCUCAAGUGGUACCCCAAGCUACAGAAGCUCAAUAACGUGCAGGUCCGCACUCCCGAAGAAGUUGCUGCCCAAAAGAAGACACCUAUUCCCGUCCGACCUCCCCACUUCCUAGACGAAUCUCAAAUUGGCGAGACCUUCGUCCGCGGGUUCUUUUCUGGCUACGAUAACGACCGCAACACAGUGAUCAACAAUGUCUAUGACGAAAACUCGGUCUUCUCACUCAACAUCAACACCUCAGCACCCAGAGCUCCGAAUAGCGAAACAGCUGCCUGGGAUGAAUACAUCAAGAAAAGCCGCAACCUGCAAAAGAUUAACCAUCUGAGUGCUCGUAUGUCUCGCUCCUUCAAAGGUGCUGACAAGAUCCGCGAAGUCUGGAAUGCACUCCCUCCUACCCGUCACCCCGAUAUGGCCGCUCAUCCUGAGAAAUGGCUCAUUGAAUGCAACCCAGUCCCCGGCUUGCCUGAUCCUACCGGACAGAGCCCGACCGGGGUGGGUGGUCUCCUCCUGACGAUCCACGGACAUCUGGAAGAGAGUGUUGGAGGAAAGGUCGAGAUGCGCAGCUUUGAUCGUACUUUUGUCAUCGGACCUGGUGCAGCCCCCGGGGCUAUUCGAGUGGUCAGCGACAUGUUCUGUCUUCGUGCCUAUGGUGGGCACGAGGCGUGGAUCCCCGAAAACACAGAUAUUCCUCAGGCUAUUGCUCCCCCUGCUGCGGGUCCUGUCCCCACCGCUCCGGGUGCAGUUCCCGGCGGCGACCAAGCUCAGCGUGACCAAUUGAUUGCACAGAUGAGCGCGAAGUCUGGCAUGACCCCUCAAUUUUCGGAAAUGGCCUUGUCGAGCAAUAACUGGAAUCCCGAGGCUGCGUGGAAGAACUUCGAACAACUGAAGGCGCAAAACCAAUUGCCACCAGAUGCUUUCCUUGCUCCUGUGUGA